AUGCAGUAUAUUCCCGAAGAUCGUCUCAACGAUAUUCUAAGUGAAGUUGCAAGAAAAAUCAAUCUAAAAAGAUGGAGAUAUACUUGCCAAAACAGCAUGGAUGCAAUUGAAAAUUACUUCGGUGUUUUAGUUCCAGCGACAAUACACAGCUCUAAAAAUAUGAACACAUCUGAAGAUGAUAUUAAACUUCAUUUAUUAAUUAAAAUUACUCCAAAUAAUAUUGAAGGAAGGCUAAAGCAAGUUUUCAGUUACUUAUUUGAAGCGGAGGUUUUCUUCUACACUGCUUUACGUCCUAUGUUUUCUGAAUUAUCUGCUGUGAGUAUAGAUGGCUUAAUACCGAAUUGUUAUCAUACUGAAUUAGAACCAGAUAAGCAAGUAAUAGUUUUACAAGACAUGACCUUUGAAGGGUACCGAAGAUAUACGGCUCAUAGGUUUCUAGAUUUUGAACAUUUAGUUGUGGCUUUAAAAACGCUUGCAAAAUUUCAUGCUGUUUCCGUGAUAGUAGUAGAAAAAGGCAACGUGUCCGAUAGUAAUAACGUAAUAGCUCCAUAUACCGACGAAUACCCUGUAGAGUUGAAUACAGCUUUGAAAUUGGCUCUAAAGAAUCAUUGUAGAUACUUCAGUGGCACCAAGUAUGAAACUUAUCUCCAGGGUUUGAUAUCCAGGUAUUCAAGUGCUUGUUUGGAUAGCUUUAAAAAAGCACGACGAUUGAUCUGUGGACAUGGAGAUUACUGGAAGGAAAAUAUUUUAUUUAAAUAUAAGGAAAAUAAACCCGACCGAGCUUGUAUCGUGGACUUUCAAACUGUACGAUUCUUGAGCCCCUCGCAAGACUUCCUAAGUUUUAUUCUUGUAAGCACCGAUAAGACGACUAGGUCAACUCAUUACGACGAAUUGAUGUCUACAUACAUCGCAGCUGUAACUGAUAUACUUAUUGUUUCCAAUGACAACCUGGCCAAAUCGUUUAUUGAUGAUUUUAAACAAGAUCUUAAGGUUGUUGCUGAAAACUGUUUGAUUACGUCAUUUAUGGGAUUCGCCUUAUGGUAUGGAUUGGAAGAAGAUACCCUCUUGCAAAGUAAAAAUACAACCGAUAAAAAUAUUUUAAAAUUCACAGAGACGAUUGGAAACGCUAUUGAUGAUUUGGAAAGACUUGGUUACAUUACUAUUGAUAACAAGGAACAAAGUGUUUUUGAUUAA